AUGGAGAUGUUGUUGAGAGACAGAAACGGGCGCAAGAGACGGAGCAGCGCCGGGGCCGGUAGUGGCGGUAGUGGCGGUAGUGGCGUUGGCGGUGUUGGUGGUGGCAGUGGCAGCGGAGCGGAGAACCGGGUGCGGAAGGUGCGUUUCAGCGAGACGGUGCAGUGCAUGGCGGUGGAUGGCGCAGGCGUAGUGCGGGCGCUCUCGGAUGUAGUGCUGAGUGAUUGCGUCAGCGUGGAGUACACGCUCUCUGGGCGGAGGAGCGGAGUGCGGCGGCGCUACGAGUACAACCGUGUGGUCACGUACGGGGACAUAGAAGACUUUCUGCCCGGCGAGGCCGUCGAUCAAGGCCUGCUCCAGCCGCCGCUCGGGGCAGUGCACGUCGAGGCAAUACACCUCGGCUCGGUGCCGAAGACUGCAGUGGUGGUCGGGGAGAACGAAGUAGUAGAUGUGCCACGCGAUGCAAUGGCAGGCAUAGAUAUACUGCUCUCGGCGGAUAGCAGCGCUGAGACUCUGUCGUUGCGACGGACACCGCGGAGCAGCAGCAUACGUCUCACCGGCGCAGCUGCGGGACUCAAGCGCUCCGCAUCGCUCUCGCCUCGGUCACUGUACAACAGUACCUUCAUAUUCAACUCCGACGACGAUAUAGACGCCGAUGGCACCGACUCUGACACAGGCAUAGACACCGAGGCGGAGACGGAGCGAAACGCGGACACGGACACAGACAUCGAUGACCCGACCGCCAAGAAUCCGUAUCCCGCCACACAGGCCAGUCUGCAACCACUAGCCCACGACAGAAACGCGACGGCAGGACCGCCACCCGACGUCUUGAACUAG